AUGAAUGAAGAGUCUGGUCGUUUUGAUCUAUCAUAUAAUGCUUUCAUUCGACAACAACAAAAUCGAAGGCAGGCAGAUAUGAGAUAUCGAAAUGAAACUGUAAGUGUUAAUCGUCGUAAAAGAAUAAAUGAUCGUAUAUUAUCUACAAAUAAUACUUCUGAAGUUGAUUAUGUGCAUAAAUAUAUAAUACAUUCUGAGGCAUCUAUUUCGAAUGAAGAAAUGAUAAAUAUUUUUUAUUCUGAAUUACAGGGAAGCUCUAAUUUGUUAAGUGUACCAACAACUGUAUAUGUAUUACCAAGUUGUGCUUAUUGUAAGCAUUGUGGUGCACGCAAAUUGUAUAGAGAGACUAAAGGUUUUUGUUGUUCUGAUGGAAAGGUGAAAUUUUUUAUGCCCGAUUCACCGGAUGAAUUGUAUACUUUAUUUACGUCUAAAGAGCCUGUAUUUAUGGAAUUUAAAAAAUAUGCACGUUCAUAUAAUAACCACUUUGCGUUCACUUCAUUUAGUGUAAAGUACGAUAAAAAAUUGUUUAAAGUAUACAAAGAUAUCUACACAUUUAGAGUUCAGGGACAAGUAUAUCAUUAUGUAAAUCAACUUAUGCCGGAUAAUAAUACGCCUUGUUAUAUGCAAUUAUAUUUUUAUGAUACAACUAAUGAACUAGAAAACUGUAUGAAAACUUCAGAACACUUGGUAGAAUCUAUUUUAUUUCUUCUAAUUGAAAUCUUGAAGGUAAAUCCGUAUAGUAAAUUUUUUAGGUCUUUAAGCAAUAUAACUGAUCUGCAUAAGCAUAAAAUUCAAAAAAGAUGCCACCCAGAACUCCAUCAGAGAGUCUUUAAUACUCCGUCGGCAUCUCAAGUAGCUGCUAUAUGGGUUGAGAAUGAUGAAAAUGUAAAUAUUCGCGUUCGUGAUAUUACUAUAUAUGGUCAUUUUGGUGAUUCGCAUAGGGUUCAUUAUUAUUAUGGUUGUUAUGAUCCUCUACAAUAUCAUUUGCUUUUUCCAUUUGGUGAAUGUGAUUGGCAUGAAGGCAUUCUAAGAUACAAACAAACAUCUUCUCAAACUGCACAGUUUGUGAACUAUGUUGCUGAUCCUAAUGUAAUAAAUUAUGCGGCUCAAAUUAUUGAAAAAGAGGCUGCAGAUUUGCUUAUAUACUUUCUUGUGUCUAUUAUAGUUCUACAAAUGUGA